CCUGGAACCAUGUGGUUGAGAGACAUAUUCUCAAUCAUUCGCAUCUUGUAGAAUUACGACGGGAAAAUUAUGAAUCUUAUGUCUGACAUUACGAACGGUGAACUGUUACCUUCAAUAAUGGUUUUCCAUGGAUCUAUAUAAUAUUCAAGUCUUGUGAAGUCUUUGUAGCUAUGCUAAAUGCUUUCAAUCAGCGUGUAAUCUCUCAGUAACUGAUUCUGCCGGUCAACGAGUAGAUUCCAAUGUGCAAUUUACUAACUUCAAUGUCUAUAUAAUUUUCGAUUGAUUUAACUUAAUUCUAUCAAGCUUAUACAAAUUGUCCACAAACAUUUCACAGAAACAAUUGCAUAAAUGCAUACUUGCUUAAAUUAUGUCCAACUUUUAUUCAUUCAUUUAAAAAAGGAUCCUUUCAGUCGUAGACUAAUUAAAUUUUCAGCAAGCAAAUAUUAAUAAAAUGAUGCUUCUCAAAAAUGAAAUUAUGAACACAAAUCCCUUGAGGAAUUACAAUUAUCAGAAAUGUAUAUUAUUUCUGUUAUUACGAUUACUAAAUCUUAUUUACUUUCAACUAUUGUUCCUGCUUUCUACGAAUUCUUAAAUUCUUGCUAAAACAAAGAAAUCAAAUAAAGCAGUCGGCAUCAUAUGCCACAUUUCUCAUCCACUUAAAUGUUGGUGCUAAAUUCAAGUUGUUCAUAAAAUUAUCAGGCUACCAGAGAAAUUGAGUAAAUUCACAAAACUGCAAGAUUAUUCAAGCGAAAUCAUUUAAUGUCUAUUAAAAUAAGAUUCCAGCAGUGCAAUAAUUAAGACUUCCUUUGUUCGGAAACAGUAAGGAUAUCAGUGGAAUGAGAUGAAACAAAUAAAGAAAUAAUACAGUCUGGCUCUAAUCUGAAAUAAAAUGUUCGUCCCUCGCGUACGGCUUCAUUAUAAUGAUACUGACCAUCCUGUAUUCAGUUCUAGACGCAGAAGGCCGAAACGAAAAGUACGUCGACCAUUUAAAAUUGCAGAUUUUAUAAACAUUCCUUGCCUUUUGCCAACAUUGAUCGGUACACUUAUUGGCUCCUUGAUAUCAGUCGGUGGAAUAGCGAUGAGUAUUCUUGGAUACUAUCCAGAGAAACCACCCGAACCACCGCGAAAUAUCCACCUAAAAGUCUUAGCUUAUAUCGGACCUCCAAUUAUGGCUAUGGGGGCUUUUAUGGUAAUAGUUUCCUGUGUUAUGUAUUGUGAAUUUAGGGACAAAUAUUUAAGGGUUGAAGACGAAAUACGAAUUCGUAGUUUAAAGAAAGAAGCUAUUUAUGAGUUGGUGGUAGAGAGUUUUAGAAAAAAUUAUUUUCGUGGUAUACAACUACCUUUCCAACAAAUGACCGUAAAAAGUAUUAAUUCAAAUGAACUGACAAGCAGUUCUGAUUCAAAUGUGUGCACAAAUUUAAGAGAAAGUGGUGGCGUAAAAGAAACAGCCUAUAAAAUUACUUUCCCGGCGUCAUCUCGCCGCAGUUCGAUGGUAACGCAUCCUAUUAAAAGAUCAGAAAUAGCCAAUAAAGCUUAUUCAAUGCCAAACAUCAAACCGUUUCAUAAUGCGCUGUCCUCAGCUUUCAUAUCACACGUUUCUUAUACGAGACGAAAAUCCAAUAAUGUUGCCUUUGAUGACUACAGGUUGACGCGAGGCAGUGAUGCUAUGCGAAGGUCGUCGGUAGUAUCGAGUAGUGUGUGUAGCGUGUCGACUGGCAUCAUAAACCCCGCUUAUGAACAAGACGAUGAAUUGCGAGUCGAGGAAACGGCCGAGGAAGUUGCCAGCAACACGCAAUACCUUUGCGUUCAUCAGAACAGACCAAUGAGCGAAGGGGAUUCGAGUGAUAGCCUUCCUGUUGUUAUUGUCCACAUGGCUUCAGUACAUCAAGUGGACGCACCGGAUAGUCGUCGCCCGUCAGUUAACACCGUAUGUUCCGGUUGUUCGAACUCACCUCAACCGCACAGUAGUCACAGUGGCGUUCAUGACACUAAUUCAAAUAUUAGUGAAACUAAUUCUGAUAUCGCUAGUGAUGUUUCGAAACCGAGUGAACACUCGCAUUGUAUAUCUCACGUGUCUAUAGAUAGUAACAGCCUUAGAUCUAUGUUGACGUCAUCGCACUUAGAUGACUCCAACGAAGAAAAAACUGAAAAAACCGACUUGCAAAAUAUUGAAAUGAAAGAAGUCUCUCACACAUGACUGAGCUCAACACUACAGAGGAAUCGAGUUUAAAUAUACAUAAACAUACAUUUACCUAUAUCAUAUAUAUUUAUAUAUAUAUAUAUAUAUAUAUAAUGUGCUUGAGUGUUCGGAGGGGAUGUUCGUGUUGCACAACACGUAAACAAAAGAUUCGACAAAGGAAAAAAGUUGGAAUAAUACAAGAAAAAAAAAAAAGUUGAACGAAAGUGAGAACAAAACCUCGGAAGCCGAGAAACAAAAAUCCACGAGAAAGUAUA